AUGGCAAUUAAUUCGGCCAAUCUCGACAGGAAAUCAGAGAGGAACAUACGGAGAAGAAAAAAAAUCAAUUGUAGAUUUUCAGAUCGACUAUCACUUCUAUUAGCUAAAGAACGUUCUCACUCUCAGGCAAACCUUGGCUGCAUGAAAAAGGGUCCGGUAUUUACUGAUCCUAAGCUGAAAUGGUUAUAUGAGCCACUAUCCUAUCUACUAGGCUCGGAGUACUUCCUUCAUGCCUACGGUCCUUUUUUUGCUCUUUCAGCUGAUGUUGUUGCAAGUUUGGUUGCUCUGAGAAACAACAGUUUUCGGAUGUUUAGUAACGAAGAUGUUACAAUCGGUGCAUGGAUGCUUGCCAUGAAUGUCAACUUUGAGAACAACCGAAGACUGUGUGAGCGAAAGUGUAUGCCUACAGUCAUUGCUGUCUUGGAUAUCCCUAAAUGUUCAGGACUAUGUAAUCCGGAGACAAGGAUAUUGGAACUUCAUCGGCAAGAAAUGUACUCAAAUGGUUCAACGUUCCCAUCGGAUGAUAAAUAG